AUGUCUGCAUUAGAAGAAAGCUGUCAAUUCAUUCCUGAUAUUCGUAUUGGGUAUUUAUAUACGUAUUUGGGGCCUCUGGGUUUCGUUUUAACAGUAACAAUUUUUCGUGAAGCAAUUGAUGAUUUGAGAAGACAUAGACGAGAUAAAGAAGUUAAUUCACAGAGAUAUAGAAGAUUAAAAGGUCCUGACAAUCAGACUGAACUUGUUCCUGCGUGUAGCCUUAAGGUUGGGGAUAUCAUUCACAUUGAUAAAGACCAAAGAGUACCAGCUUUAAGGCAUUAA